GCCACACUGCUGCUUGUCGAAAAAGACCUGAAAACUGCGAAAGUGAAACCGAAACUAGAUAGAUACGUCAUUUCCUAUCGCUCUGCUGCAGCCUGACACGCAAAAAAUGAAGCUUCCGGACGACAUAAUGGACUUGCAGCGCAUUUGUGCAUUUAAGUUUUUCGGUUGGUAGUUCUCCCUAGUGUUGUUGUAGUAUUCUGCAAUAUGAGUUUAACUCAUAUCACACAGUGACAAGCACGAAAUGGGAUCGUGUUCUGCACUAGGUUGCAAGAACAGAACUCUCAACGCUCCGAAAGGAGUGACCUUUCACAGGUUUCCCAGUGAUCCGCAGCAGAGGGCAAAGUGGAUAGCUGCUACCGGCAGGACUGGAUGGAACCCCACGAGCAAUUGCUGUAUCUGCUCGGUGCAUUUCAACGAAGAGGACCUCGACAGAACAUCGUUGUUCUGCGUACGUGUGAGAGAAGGAUCGGUGCCCUCUCUUUACCCCCCGGCAUCGAGUGAGUCGACUUCAAGGAAAAGAAAGAAUGCGUCAGAGUCUAAAGGGGAGGAUGCAGAUCAGGGCACUGCAGUUCCUCAAAGUGCUAACACAGCCGCAGAUGACGCAGCCAAUAUAAGAAUAAUUUCUAGUUUCAGUCUGGCACCUUCUGGAACAAAUGCUGCACAAAAUCUGACUGCAAGUUCUUUGGCACAUCCUCAAGGCGAUGCUUUGAAUAGGAACCAGAGUGUGAUGAAAAUGUGGAACCCAUCCAGACUUCAAAGCAUUCUAAAGAAUGCUGCGGUAAGAAAUAACAGUGACACCUGCGGAAAGAGCGACGGCAGAAAAGCAAGUGCUGGUGACGCAGUGAGUACUACAACCCAGAAAAGCAAUGAAACACAACAAGGAAAACGGAGACAUGUCGUAAACAAUGUGCAGUUUCCAGAAGAACCCAACAUGCUUCAGCCGUCUGGAGCAGACAUGUGUGGUGUUUCAGGUGACGUAGCAGCAGGAUCUGCGACGUUGAGUGCAAUAACAGUGGAUGAGGGUGCUGAAAGUGGGGCCACGAACGGUGACAGUCCUCAGCUCUUGUGCACCGACAUAGGGUGUGAAAGAGAAAUAGGGUCCGUCACUACUAAGGCAGCCGUAGACAAUUCGUCUUCCGCAGUCCCUUUGCAUCUUGUUGAUCACGCAGACUUAUGUCGCAAAACAUCAUCCAGAGUAGUGCGCAAUAAAUCGAAACUGUGUACGUUCAAACCGUCCACAACUGACACACGUUCAAAAGCUUUUCUGCUGUCUUUGCCACAGAUCUUACCAAAGCCUCUACCACGGUCUUCAUCCGUUCCCCUACGACGUUCUACAAUGCCGUUGUUACAACAGUCGCUUCAACAGCCUUCAUCCCAGGCUGCACAGAAAACUUCUCUGCAAGCUACAGUGCAACAUACCUUGCAAACCAGCUUGCCACAGACCACAUUGCAGACUUCAGCACCGGUAUUACCCCCAGCUGAGCCGCAGAGGUCACCACAAACCAUAGAGCAAAGUUCGCACAAACUGCCACAGGUUCCUCCAGAGGGUGUACCCAGGCACGUGUCACACCCCGUCCAACAGACUGUACCGCAGAGCGUGAUUAUUGUGAGCAACUCUCGCGUUAAGUACCACGGUACAUCCCCUGAGGUACCAACACCAGCGAUUGCGAGUCCCGGAGAUCGCCCACCAGGAGCAGCACUGAGAGAGUGCGACACGAGGCUUACGUGCAACCACUUUGAUGAAAUUAUGGAAUUGAGAUCUCACAUCCAGCAGUUGAGGAACCUGUAUCUCAAGACCAAGAAAAAAAAUAAGGCUCUCGGCCAAUCUGUGCGGCGCUUAAGGGCGACCAAGGAGAAGCUGAAGAAGACCAUUAAAGACAUCGAAAAACAUCCGCGAAUGGUCGACCACGCGGAAUCGCUAGAAGGAGAUGCCAAGGCGGGUGCGGAACUGUUGAAGAGGCACCAGGUGAAGUUGAACGGAGACGUGGUGCCUUCGGAGUACACACCAGAGUUGCGGGCGUUUGCGACCGCGUUGCACGGUUGCUCCUUCAAAGCUUACGAAUACGUGCGGAAGGUCUUCAGCGACUGCUUGCCACACGCGUCCACAGUGCAGAAAUGGAAGAGGCCAAGCAGAGAAACGCAGGACGCGAGCAUUAUUGAACAGGUAGCAUCCGAGGGGUGCAACGACAUAGGAAACGAGGGAACAACCAUUCCCGUUAUUGUGCUGAGAAACUCCACACCCGUUGCUGGUGACGUUCAGGUUGAAGUGAUGCAACUGAUCGGUGAAGUAGUCUGACGGGACAGACUUUUGCGACUACUUUUAGUUUUGUUGCAUACUCAAUCCUGCAACGUGUCCGCCUUUGUGUUAAUGAAUCUAAAAUGUUUUUGGCGAAACAUUAGGUGUUAUCUUGCUCUUCAGCGAAGAUAUUAACUAGAUGUAGAGGACCCUCUACACAUGCAUCUGGGUUAUACAGUAAUUCUGCUGCGCUGCAGAGAUGUUUUGUUGCUAUCGUAGUCAUCCGGUUCCUCCCUUGCAAUUCUACUAUGAUUCUUCUUCCAAAGAUAGGACGGAAGUGAAAAUUUGACAUUCCAUUCCAUGUACUAACAAUUUAGGUUUAAGUAGACCUUACCUCUGAGCUGUAGACAUGCCACCAAAGCUAUAAAGAUGUUUACAGGUUGCCCA